AAGGCAUGUUCAAGUGUUUAAGUGUUUAAGUGUUUAAUGCUUCGCUCGCACGUCGGAGGCUGAGAAUUGUAAAAGCAGUAGAAAUUCGCCGCAAACAUGUCGAACUCACCACGAGUACGAAAAUUGCCGCCCAGGCCAAAGAUCAUGCUACCGAUUCCGGAACAAUAUUAUGUGCAGCCGGGUACCGGGAUGGGCUACGUUUCGACCCCGUAUGGACAAACGCCGAUGCCCAUGACGCCGGGUACCGGUCAACCGCAGAUGAUCUACACCAACCGAGCCAGCGAGUUCGUCUUCUCGCAAUUUAAGGGGAUCAAGGAUUUCACCAAGUCCGGGCUUAGCGUGGGGGAGAAAAGCGUGUUCUGGCUUUACGAGAAGGUCAGUUCCUGGAGCAGAAGAUGGUUCACACACAUUUUUUUAUUCGUUGUCGUGCUUCUAUACAGCAUCGCUGGAGCGAUGAUUUUCGUGACAGUUGAAGGUACACAUGAGGAAUCUAGUCGCUUCGACAUCCGAAAAAAGAGAAACCACACGCUUGAGACGAUCCGGGGAUUUUGCGACGACUCAGUAUUGGCAGCAGACUUACAUCGUUGGAAAGGACGAGCGGCGGCCGAGAUAAUGGAAUACGAGAAUGAUUUAUAUGAGUUUUUCAAACGAGGCUUGACGGACAGCGGCCAAAAAGUGUGGACAUUCUGGAAUGCUGUGUUCUACUGUGGCACGAUUUACACGACCAUCGGCCACCACCCACACCACCUUACAUCUUCCGAUUCCGGAGUACAGUGGCGCAGCGCAACGUCGAGCGGGUUGCAGUGGAUGCAGGCGCGGCGUCGCGACGCCAAAGCGACGGGUUUCGCGUUGCGCGCGGCGCCGUCGCUCGAUAUCCGCUGCGGCACUAAGCCGGUCUUCCGGUUCCGCCGUCGUAUAGCGGUAGCUGGUAGCGGCAAACGUCGCGAGUGUCGCGGUGCCGAGGUGGUGGUGGGAGCAGCCUCCGUUUUAUUUCUGUCCCGGUCUCGUUCGGGGCCGGUCGCGUCUGAGCGUGUUGGAGUGCACGAUUUUCUUCGCGAAACUCUCACGCGACAACGACGAAGAUUCGCGAUGGAGGAUAGUUACACGGUGCACCGACGUCGCAAAGCGGCCGCCAGGAAACGCGAGAAGACGCCCGAUCCCUCGUCCAGAGGGGUUGCAUCUCGCAGGGACACUUCGGACGACGAGGACGAAGAGAGACGCGCCAGAAUGGAAAGGAUGGCCGAGGAGGCUGAGAAGGUGGAUCAGCAGCUGAAGGAGACCAGGUUAACGCAGCGGAAGAAGGAGUCUGCGAAGGAACCGGAGAAGCAAGAUAAGAAGGAUGUUCACCAGGAGCAGCGUCCCGUUCGAAGAAAGGACAGAACUGACGCGAGAAAGUCUGCGAACCUAGAUGACAUGAUCGCUAUUCGCGCCGAAGUGGCCGCCAAGUCAACAGCUGGGAAUAACUCUGGAAAGAGCGACGCCGCAGCAGCUGAUGACAACAACACGCAGUUAGUAAAGCAGGCCGCUGAAGUGACGAACAAGCUCGACGACGAGAUUACCACGAAGAGAGAGGUCGUCAAAGCCGAGAUUGUCAAGGAAAAUCUGAUCGUUCAAGAGACGUCGGAGACACCGAAAGAAGCGAACGACGAGAUCGUUAGAUCUGCCGAAACCCGCAAAGUCGAGAGACGAUUUAAAAGAAAGUCGAAGGACCGCAUAGACAGGUACAGUCGAUCGACGGAUUCGAGCGACGCGGAUGAAAAGAGCGAGUCGAGUCAAAAGAGGACCAAAUCGCCGGAAGCUGCGAGGCCCAGAGCAAAGAAGACGAGUGGAAGAAGUCGCGUCAGCGAUCCGGAAACCCAAAAGAGGGAUGCCGAGAGGCAGAAUCGCGAGAAGAGAUCGUCGAGUCGACAAAAACUGGAGGACGAGAAGCCACAUUCGAAACCUUACAGUCAGACCGAGGACACGGAUGAGGAUUCGAAGAGCAUGAGGAAGAGCGAAAACUUCUCACAGAGACCCGAAGGACGAAUGAUUAAGAGAUCUUCGAUCGAACUUAAGAAGCAGAUUAUCCCACUGAAUAAUGAAAGUUUGAUCGAGGACUUUGCGAGGGCUCAGAGGGAAUACAUGUUGAGGGAACGCAGUAUCCUAGAUCCGGAGCCCGCGGAUGUCUUCCAGGAUGCGGUUGAAACUACUUUUUUGAGGAGACGGAAGUUUAGUUUAGCGCACACCGAGAGCGAACACGAAGAGAUCGUUCAAGACAUAAUAGAGUCUUCCGAUGCCAAGUCUUCCGAUAAGAAGAAAUCGUGGUUCUCCUGGAUGUUUUUCUGGCGUAGAAAACAAGAGGCCGAUGAUGAAACCAUUGCGAAGAAGAUCGAGGACGAACCGAAGCCGACUCCGAAAGUCAAGGAGAUCAAAGAGGAAAAGCAGGAAGAAGCUUCGGAGAAGGUUACUCUGUUUGACUUCUUCAGGGCGCUCAAAGACAUCGUCGGCGAAUUCAAAGUCUUCGUCGAGCAAAAUCCGCGAGAGACGACGAUCAUCAGACAGCUACGGAAUCGCUGCAUAAUCGGCUUGCUGCUGGUGAUGAUCUAUUGCGGCCUAGGCGGCUUCAUCUUCCGAUUCGUGGAAGGCGCCUUCGAGACCUUCUACAAAUGCGGCGUGAAACGCGUUAAGAGGGACUUCCUGGACACUCUCUGGAAUUAUAGCCACAACUUGAGGGAGGACGACUGGAAGAGUAUGGCGCGUAAGAAGCUGAUGGAGUUCGAGGAGCAGCUUCACACCGCUCACGAAGCCGGCCUGCACAGCUAUAGCGGUCAGAAGAGCUGGAGUUUCUUGAACGCGGUCGCGUACUGUCUCACCGUCAUCACCACCAUCGGAUACGGACAUAUUUCGCCAAGUACAAAUGCAGGAAGAGCUAUUACGAUCGUAUACGCUAUUUUCGGUAUCCCGAUGUUUCUAAUUAUCCUGGCCGACUUCGGUAAGUUAUUUACGCGCUGCAUAAAAUUCCUGUGGGCAUUCGUAAGAAGAUUAUACUACACUGGUAGCUGUCGCAAGGUUCGUCGCACAGGGCCCGUUCAGGAAGUCAUGAAGGGUGUGCAACUUGUGUAUGAUCUCGCCAAGUUUCGACGACCGUCGCAGAUGAAUCCGGAAGAGAUCGAGGAGAUGCAGAGGCAGCAGGAGAUGCAACAACAACAACCACAGACGGUCCUCAAUCUGGAUGCCAACACGUCGGACACGCCGGGAACACCAGCAUUGUCAACGUUUGCCAUCGAUGACGAAUUUAAUUUACCAAUUUCGGUCGCAAUCGUCAUUCUCCUGGCCUACAUCUUCAUAGGAGCCACUCUGUAUUAUAUGUGGGAGGAAUGGGGCUUCUUCGAGAGUUUCUACUUCGUCUUCAUCUCUAUGAGCACUAUCGGCUUCGGCGAUUACGUGCCAAAGCACCCCAUAUACAUGAUGUGUUCGAUAGUAUAUCUGGUGUUUGGCCUGGCACUCACGUCUAUGUGCAUCAAUGUCGUACAGGUGAUGCUGUCAGACUCGUUCAAGCAUGCGAGCCAAAAAAUCGGUGCCUCGAUCGGCUUCGAGCUCGCCGAGGACGACAACUCGGUGAAACCAGCACCGCCGCCACCGGUUGAAAUCGCGGACGUCCACGUGAGCAUGAAAGAGUCCGAGAGCGGCGAGAAGAUCGCGCCCAAGGCCAAGCAAGAGGACAUCGAUCUAUAGAUGCAUUUCUUCCUCCGAGAAAUCCCUACACGUCCAGAUCGAGUGCUCGCUCGCUUGCUCGCUCGUUCGCUAAUCUCUCGAAAUGUGCGUGCGUUUUUCCGACCUUAAAAGAAUAAUCGUUCGCUGGCUUAUGCAACGCAAAUACACAAUGGGAUUACACAGUAACCCAUUUCAGCACGUACGCAAAAGCUUCGCGGCUUGAGAAGAACAAUCGUCGUCAUUCGAGGGACCGUCUUUACAUCUCUGAUAUCUAUAUGAAUUGACCCUGGAAUGUUUGACGUUUAUCAGGACUGUGUUUCGGUUAAAUCUAAUAAAUAGUUUUACUUAUUUUCUCAAUAAGCUAAAUUGCUAUGGGACUCAAUACUUUCGACUCUAAAAAUUUGCAAAUCUUUCUGGCGAUAUAAAAAUGAUUCCACAUAUUUUGACUGUAUCAGCAAAGGAAUUUUUAAACUAUUAUACAUUAUUAUAUACGUCCAUCUAUCGUUGAGAUCGUGUCGAAUAAACGUGACGAGUGUAUAUAUUUCUGAGACGUAUAUAAAUACGAUUUUAUGAAAUUGGAGAUUUAAUCGUGCUCCUAUCAAUGCGAUCAACGAGUUGUCUGAAGAGAUAAAACUCUAGAUGAUGAGCUCCGAUAGAAAUUUCUGUGUAAAAUGAUUGUGUAUAAUCCAACGAACGUAUCGAAACGAAUUUGCCUGAAACGAUACGCACAAAUGUAUUUAAAUGAUGUCUCGUCAGGCGAAUUUCGUAUAUUGAAUUUACGAUAAUAGAAAGAAGUUUUAAUUACAGGAAAUCAUGCCAAUGGUAUGAUGGAAUAUCACUUGCUGUCCGCUUUUUGCAAUUUGGAUGUAAAUGUAAAAAUAAAAUAAUUCUGCUUUAUAAAAAUGAUAAAAAAUUAU